AUGGCGUUAAGACUCAGCGAUGUCUUGUACGUAUCCGACUUCGAAUCGGCUUACCAGGAGGGCAUGGAGAUGGCGUACACUGUCGACGGACAGCCACGCGUCGGCGAGUUCAAUCGCAAAAUGGGCAGCGUCGCAAUUCUGAUCUUCCACCGAGAGCUCGACUGCUUCAUGCUCGUCCGCCAGUUCCGUCCCGCCAUCUUCACGGCGCACGUCUCCCGUUUGCCGGAGAACGUGGGCAAAGAUUUAAACGAGAUUCAGUGGAGCGACUACGAUCCGGAAGUCGGUCACACUGUCGAGUUGUGCGCCGGUCUCAUCGACAAAGACGGACUCACGCUGGAGGAAAUCGCCGCAGAAGAGAUCGCCGAAGAGUGCGGAUACCGCGUCGACCCGGACCGUCUUCUCGAGAUCUCCACGUUCGUCGUCGGCGCGCACCAAUCCGGAAACGCGCAAUAUCUGUUCUACGUGGAAGUGGACGAGUCAAUGAAAAUCAGCGAGGGCGGAGGCAACGCUCACGAGGGAGAGUUCAUUUCGAAAGUAUUUCUGACUGUGCCACAGGCCAAAAGCAUCGCCCGUCCAGCCGAACACACGCACGCGGACGUCAAGGGACCACCCGGCGUUCUGUUCGCUCUUCAGUGGUGGUUCUUGGUGCUCGAUCCGAGAAAGGUUGGAAUUGUGCACAUGACGCUGAAAAAUCGCAACUAUUUAGAAAGGACUGAUCGCGACGCCGCCGGUGGCGUACGUCUGGAGACCGAACAACGCGAAACACAUUACCGAUGUCAAAUUCAGCACUGACUUCGAUAAGAAGAAAUACGGUUAUGAUCCGAGAAGAAUGACGUUCACAUUGGUGAGCGUUCUGCAGAGAAUUUGAAAUUUUCGAACGGAGCGAAGCUUUCAGAACGGAAUCACUCGCACGUGGGAUAUGGCACUGUGUCCGUCGACGACCGCUUGCAUUCUCGUGGAUCAGGUCAAGAAGCAGCUCGUUCUCUUGCAGACUUUCAGGCCUCGUAAGAUCAUUGAAUUCAUUCGAGAAUUAUCCAAACGGACGUGGCUCUUAUUACAGAAGUGCUCAUCGGAAAAACCAGAAAUGUCGAGGAUAACAUGGACAAGAACAUGAAUGAGAUCGACUACUCGAUUAUGGACCCGGAAGAGGCUUAUACGGUGAGAAGCCGUCGUCUCCCAUCCUCUCCAAUACUUUUCUUUUUCUUUUCCAGCUGGAAUUGCCUGUGAACCAAGUGCCGAACGGCGACGAUCCGCGAAAGUUUGCCCGAAUCGCCGCCAAACAAAUUGGCUACGAUCUUCCGGAGACCGAAUUCCGGCUCCUCUCGCAGUGCGUGCCGGGCAUCGGACAGUCCGGAGACACCCAGCACAUCUACCUGGCCGACGUGAGCAAGGCUCGAAUCUGCGAGAAGGAGGAGGACGAGGACGUCGAGGAGCUGCGCGUCGCUUUCUCCAACCUGCCCGCUCUGUACACCCAAGAGUUUGUGGGCCCACCGACGACCUACUACGCCAUCGGAUACUGUCUCGAUGAACUCAUUUAA